AUGAGAAUUGUUUCAUUAUUCCUAAAGAAACAGUUCUUGUCAAGCCAGAUUGCCUACCGUAAUCUGAAGACUGUGAAGACCGCUCUGCCAAAACCGCCGGUGCCAACUUUGGAGGCUACACUCGACAGAUAUCUCGAAUAUGCGGCAGUCGUAGCAGUUGGCCAACGUGCAUCUCUCGCGACCACCCAUGACGCUGCUCAGAAAUUUGUUCGACAGGCAACUCCACUUCAGGAGCAACUUUUGGAAAUUGCGGAGAAGUCACCGAAUUGGGCUACAAAAUUCUGGUUGCCUGAAAUGUACAUGAGAGUUCGGAUUCCAACACCUGUAAACUCGAACCCAGGAUAUAUCUUUCCAAAAGUGAAAUUUGAAUCGAAAGAAGAUCAUUUGAAGUACACAGCUCUACUGACAAGAGGGGUGCUCGAAUACAAGAAUCUGAUUGACGCUAGACAAGUAUGCCGAGAAAAGUCUACUGGUGCACAAAAACUUCAAAUGUGUAUGGAACAGUACGAUCGUGUUCUAAGUUGCUACCGUGAGCCUGGUGUUGGAGAAGAUACGCAAAUCAGGAAACAAAAAACAAAUGAUGGAAAUGAACAUGUACUCGUGAUGUGCAGAAAUCAAACAUUUGUACUUCAUAGCAGAAUUAACGGAGCACUUGUUUCGUAUGCAGAUGUGGAGCAUCAGUUGACAAAAAUUGAAGAGAUUUCAAAGAUCAAUCAGAAUAAUACCACAAAAAUCGGGGCAUCUGGAGUCGGCCCGCGUGACGAUGCAGCUCUAUUCUGGCAGGAUAUGUUGACUGUUGAGCAGAACUCAAAAUCAUACGAGUGGGUCAAGUCAGCAUUGUUCGUAGUCUGUCUGGAUAUGGAGGAUGAGGUGGAUUAUGGAAAGAAUGAUACUUUAAAUAUCUCAGCCAAAGAAAAAGAGUUUAUCGCCAGAGGGUACUCCACUCUGACCGGACAUGGAUCCUCUGUGUUCGGACUCAAUCGUUGGUAUGAUGCUACAAUUCAGUUGGUUGUGUCAUCAAGUGGUGUUAACGGACUGUGCAUUGAACACUCGACUGCAGAAGGAAUAGUUAUUAUUAACAUGGCUGAGUCUGCAAUUAGAUAUGCUCAGAAAUAUUUCAAGAGCAAGAUGGUCUGGAACGAUGUCCGCAACGUCCAUCCGAAAUCUCUCACAUGGCAUUUCAGUGAAAACUCAAGAAACAUUUUGAAGAAACAAGCUGAAGUUUUUGAUGAACUAGCGAAAGAGUUGGAGUUGGAAGUUCUAAUUUUUGACGAGUUCGGAAAAGAUUCGAUCAAAAAAUGGGGUGUCAGUCCAGAUGGUUUCAUUCAGUUGAUUAUGCAGUUGGCACAUUAUAAAACCCACGGUCAUCUAGUCUCCACUUACGAGACUGCUUCUGUCCGUCGUUUUGGUGCUGGAAGAGUUGAUAACAUCCGAGCGAACACUCAAGAAGCAUUGGAAUGGGUUACAGCAAUGACAAACAAAAAAGAGACAAAGGAGAGAAAACUGGAAUUGUUCAAGAAAGCGGUUCUCAAGCAAGUCAAGGUUACAUUAGAGAACAUCAGUGGAUUCGGAAUCGACAAUCAUUUGUGUGCUCUUUUCUGUCUUGCCCGUGAAAGAGAAGAAGUGACUGGAGAAGAGAUUCCAUCACUUUUCAUGGAUCCUCUUUGGGCUGAAGUCAUGAGAUUCCCCCUAUCCACUAGUCAAGUCACCACUUCAACAGACAUUCCAGACUGUUAUCUGACAUAUGGAGCAGUUGUACGUGAUGGAUAUGGGUGUCCUUACAAUAUUCAGCCGGAUCGUGUUAUCUUCGCACCGACAGCUUUUAGAAGUGAUCGGAGAACUGAUUUGCAACAUUUUAAGAAGAGUUUGGCUGAUGCGAUGCGAGAUGUGAAGGUACUUUUGAGCAAUUAA